AAGUACUUAAUCUUACAUUUGGAAUGUUCUGAAACAUUCUGCAACCAUCUGGAAAAUUUUAGAACCUUAUGAUCCCUGUUGACAUCUUGAAGCCACCUGAGGAACUGAAGCUAUUUUUUGUUUCUCUGACUAGUCUGUGGUCUCUACCUGUCUGUACUGGUCUUUGCUGGUCUGUACUAGUCUGAACUGGUCUGUAGUGGUCAGGAUGCGAGGGUUAGAGCUAAAGGCCCUCAGUGCAGCGUUGCUGGUCCUUUCAGUGGUUAUCACCUCUCAUUGUCAGUCGGACUCUUCAGACUGCUCCCAGGCUGAGUCAUGUGACCUGUGUGUCGGAGACUCCACCCUAAAUCUGACUGGCUGUGUCUGGAGGGUCUGCGGGAACAGUAAUGAUACUGGGUGUGUAUCCGAUCAGGGUGAUUCUCAGAACUGUAAUGUGACAAACGACCCAGCCAUGUGCACAGUCAUAGAGAUAGCGGAAGAAGGUGAAGGGGACUCAGAUGAGUCUCCUCCAGAGCCAUCAGAGUUCUCCCAGGCCAGCUUUGACAUGUCCAGUUUCAUAGGAGGCAUCAUCCUGGUGCUGUGUGUGCAGGCUGGGGGAUUCUUCGCCAUGCGCUUCCUCAAGAAAGAUACCACCUACGACCCCAUAGAGCAGCCAGCCUAGAGGAGAGGAGAGAGAGAAGAGGAGGACAAUGAAAGAUGAAGGAGGGAGGGAUGAGGGGGAGCUGUGACUCACCAUGCUGUCACGAUGCUUUGCAUGACGUCAAUCUACCAUACUCCAGUGCAUGUGUUAUACUUUUGGUGUGUCCCAGAUGUGCACCUGUCGGUCAUUUUGUUUGACUGACCGUCCAUUAUGUUGU